CCUUUCAAAUUUGGAUGCUUCUAGAAGUUUGCGCUCGUUGCUGUUAAGGGCAGGCACACCACCACCAGCAGUUCCAUACAACUAGCUUUCACUUGAUGUUACUUUUGUGUGAAAGACAAUCCACAACAAAAUGACGGGAUGAUCGUUUUAGAACUUUUCCCUUGUUUUACAUCUUUGCAAAACCUUUACCGAGUUGUUUCAAUGAUGACCAAUUGAAUGCAGGACUCCACUGUAGAGGGUGGGCUGUGGACACUGUGUCUUCCCCGUGCUGUUUCAGGCUGCUUGCUUUGACCAAACUGCUCAGGAAGGACUUCUCUCAGGCUUGAGAGCGGGACGAUGGAUUUGGAUUUGGUGAACAUGUUUGUGUUAGCGGGCGGUACCCUGGCCAUUCCCAUCCUGGCCUUCGUUGCCUCAUUCCUCCUGUGCCCAGCUGCCCUCAUCAGAUUCUAUUACUGGUACUGGAGAACAACACUCGGCAUGCAGGUUAAAAACGCCGACUACGGCAACUAUCGAUUCUGCUAUUCGACCAGGGGGAAACCAGGAAACAAGCCCUCCAUCCUAAUGCUGCACGGGUUCUCAGCUCACAAGGACAUGUGGUUGUCUGUCGUGAAGUUUCUGCCUAAGACCCUUCACCUGAUCUGCGUCGACAUGCCGGGCCACGAGGGGACAACACGCACCUGUAUCGAUGAUUACUCCAUCGAGGGGCAGGUGAACAGGAUCCACCAGUUUGUGGAAUGCAUAGCGUUGAACAGGAGACCGUUCCAUCUGAUCGGCACGUCAAUGGGCGGCAACGUCGCUGGCGUUUACGCCGCACAACAUCCCACCGACCUCUGCGGACUAACGCUCAUCUGCCCCGCAGGUCUGGAGUAUCCCAAGGAGAGCAAGUUUGUGAAAGAGCUGAGGACUCUGGAGCAGACAGGGGACGUGAGCAAGGUCCCCCUCAUCCCUUCCACCCCAGACGAGAUGGAGGAGAUGCUGAAACUCUGCUCUUAUGUUCGCUUCAAGGUACCUCAGCAGAUUCUUCAGGGCCUGGUGGACGUGCGAUUGCCUCACAAUGACUUUUAUCGUGAACUAUUUCUGGAAAUAGUUGGAGAAAAGUCAAGGAACACUCUACAGGAACACAUGAACCUAAUCAAGGCUCCAACACAAGUCAUCUGGGGAAAGCAAGACCAGGUCCUCGAUGUUUCCGGAGCCGGCGUGCUGGCCGAUAACAUCCCCGGCUGCAGGGUGGACUUCCUGGAAAACUGCGGCCACUCGGUGGUGAUGGAACGGCCCCGCAAAAGUGCCAAGCUGCUCCUGGAGUUCUCAAACUGGCUGCAAAGCAGAAAAUCGGACAGCAGCAGCAAGAAACUAGCAUAACGCACACCCCCCAACCCACCCACCCACACCCCCAACAACUGAAAGCUGUAACGCUGUGGAUUGGAAAUAAAAUGCGACCUUCUAACAAUUCCCAAGGAA